AUGAAUAAAAAUAAAAAAAAUAAUGAAGAUGAUGAUUUAAAUGUAUCAUCAUUUAGAAUCACUAUAAAUUCAUUAAAACAGGAUUUAUAUUUAUUAGAGAAAUUUGAAGAGAAUAAAUAUUAUCAAGAUUUUAUUAUCGAACAAAUAAAGCAAUACAAACAAGAGAAGAACGAUUUGUCAUCAUCAGAUUCAGCACCAUCAUCUUCAACUUCAACAUCAGCCACAAAAUCAAUAGACAACACAACAAUACCCAACGAAAAUGAAAGCGAUAAUAUAAAUAAUAAAAAUACAAUAGAUAUAUUCGAUUUAAUAUUAAAAAAUGUAAAUAUAGAUGAAAUAGAUGAUGAUUAUGUAUAUGUCAGGGAAAUUGACAACGAACUUUGCUUAAAGGAUAUAAACUCAACAACACCAACCUACACACCAAACACCAGCGAAUAUGAUGAUAAUAAUUCAGAUAGUUUAAAUAAAGAUCAUAAUGACAUGAAUAAACUCAAACUUAGAGGUAGCAAGGAUGAAGAUAAUGAUGAUGAUGAUGAAGAUGAAGAUGACUAUAGCAAUGGUAGUAUUGACGAUAUUAAAAAUGAUGAUAAUCAAGAAAAUGAAGAAAAUAAAAUUAGAAAAGAAUUAAAAUCCCAUGAUAAUACAUUUAAUGAAGCAUUUAAAUUUAUUGAUAUUAAUAAAUGGUUAAAAACUAAAGGUCUAGAUAUCAUUUCAGAUGAAGGCUCUAUCGAAACAGAUUUAAAAGAAUGUAUGGACCAACUACAAUCCAAAAUUAAUGAACUAAAUAGCUUAAUAAACAUAAAUAAUAAUACAGAUAAUAAUACAGCAAAAGGUUUUAACAAAACAUUAUCAUCAAAUGUAAUAAUAAACAAUAAUAAUAAUAAUAAUAAUGAUGACGAUGAUGAGGAUAUAAAAUAA